CACCCCCCCCCAGCUGGGAUGCUGCAUUUCCGAUCCCGGAGGCCCUUGCCCCCCACCCCCCAGCGGGGAGCCCGAAGCCCCUCCAACUUUCCCGAUAGCAGGAGCCCGGAUUCCCCCUCCUCUCCAGAGGCCCCAGCCCCUACCCCUGAUAGCAGGGGCCUGGACCCUGAUCCUCUCCUGGGGAUCCUCACUUCGUGUCUGCUGGGUCUCUCUCAGGGUGGGGCUUAGGGAUCUGGGGAGAGAACCCCACCGAAAUGAACAUAUCUGCUGUUUAUUUCUAGAAACAGGCAAGUGGCCCUUCUCUUCUGCGACCUAUUGAGAAUGCCAAGCAAAAGCAUGGGAAUAAUUUAAUAUGAACAUUUAACUAGACUAUCUACCAUUGACAUGAAAGAUCUACAAGAAUAGAGGCUUUGGUUACUGUGAUUUGUUUGUAAAGUAGCCAUUCGAUCAAGGUGCAUUGAAGGAUGAAGAGCAUUGAAGAAUAUUUCUAGCCCUAUAUGGUGAAACACAGAUGGGAAGAACAAGGCUUUUCCUGCAAGAUUUUAUCUAUAUUUUGGAACUGGACAUUUUUUUACUUGUGAGUUAAUUUUCAUAGAUUUGAAAGAUCCACUCAGAUUAAUGUACUGUACAACUGUUUAUUUUAUCUUAACUAAAUAUUGUCUGAUCAGCACCUUCUCAGCUAAGUACCAGGAAAGUUAUAUAAUCUGAAUGGACAGAGCAGCAUUUGCCUGCUCCACUGCAUUCUUUCAUGAUUACAGCAGCGCAUCUCAUGAUGCAGUCUGCCUGCCCCAGGGACAUGUUGACUAUAUUGAAAAGGUAGAAUCGUUCAGUUACUCCGAUUUUUUCAGGGACUAUCUGAUUCCCAACCACCCAUGUGUUUUCUCAGCUAAAUUCACUGAGGGCUGGGGCAGCAGGAGGAAUUGGGUGACUCGAGAUGGGAAGCCUAACUUUGAUUAUCUACUGCAGCAUUUUGGGAAGGCUGUAGUACCUGUUGCCAACUGUGAUGUCAAGGAAUACAAUUCUAAUCCAAAGGAACAGAUCCCUCUCAAGGAGUACAUAAGUUAUUGGAAAGAAUACAUUAAAAAAAACUACCAUUCACCCCGGGGAUGCCUCUACCUCAAAGAUUGGCACUUGUACAGGGCUUUCCCAGAGCAAGAUGUUUAUACAACCCCCAUCUAUUUCACUUCUGACUGGCUGAAUGAAUACUGGGAUGCCAUAGGUCUGGAUGAUUAUCGAUUUGUCUACAUGGGACCUAAAGGUUCAUGGACUCCUUUUCACGCCGACGUCUUCCGCUCCUACAGCUGGUCUGCCAAUAUCUGCGGGAAAAAGAAAUGGCUGCUCUAUCCCCCUCGGCAGGAGUACCACCUUCGAGAUCGCCAUGGUAACUUGCCCUUCGAUGUCACUGCGCCUGGUCUGCAGGACAGCAGCAUUUACCCACGCUAUGCCCAAAGCUGCCCCCCCGUUGAAAUCAUCCAGGAAGCAGGGGAGAUAGUCUUCAUCCCUAGUGGAUGGCACCAUCAGGUGUACAACCUGGAGGAUACCAUUUCCAUCAACCACAAUUGGGUGAAUGGCUGCAACGUGGCUAUCAUGUGGAGCUUCCUGCAGGAUGAAUUAGCAGCCGUCCAACGGGAAAUCAGCGAAUGGAAAGACACUAUGGAGGACUGGCAUCUACAAUGCCAGGUAAUCAUGAAAUCUUGCACAGGCAUAAACUAUAAGGAGUUCUACAACUUCCUUAAGGUAAUCGCGGAGAACAGGAUUUCUGUCUUAAACCACGUUCUAGAUGAAGAAGCUUCCGCAAAGAACACUCACAGAGCUGCCACCUCCGCUCUGGGCAUGCUCCACGCGGUGUUUGAUUUAAAAAGGACUGUGCAAGUUUUAACAUCCUUAAAUGCUAAUGAAGAUUUCAAGAAACUGAACCCUAAAUCGCUGUCCCCACCUCCUGAGGCAUUACUACACCACCUGAAAGCCGCAAUAGACACAGCACUGUUAUAGUUCCAUAUUUAUUCAAGUAUUUGUACCUAUUGCAACAUAGCUGCAUGUAGACAAAUCAUAAAAAGUCUCCCUAUUUUCCCCCGUUAGAAUUUAAGCACAAUGAGCCUUAAUGUGGAUGGGGAGGACGCGGAUAUAGAAUCAAGAGAAAAAGCAUGUUAGGAAACUGAGUACACUACAUUAAAUUUCCUGUUUAUAUUGAAACCACUCUAAAAAGGGAAGAAAUCUCCAGCAGAGUCAGAGAUUAGAUUCAUUCCAUGUAGCAGAAAUGCAAGCAGCUCAACUGAUCAUAGCAGGAAGAAGUUAUGCUCCUGAGAAUCAGCCACGGAGGAAAUUCAGCCAUUGGAGUUGUCUAGAACCAAAAAGAUGAACUUUUGAGAUGUAUCCUCUCAAUUCUACACACCAAAGCAUCUAUAGUUCAGCAAGUUCACCUCUCUGUACUGAGAUCACCUAGAGCCUGAAUGAAAGAGAGUUCUAGAAAGGCAAAAACAUGGAAGUCUGUAUGGAGCUGUAGACAGUGUGUGAAUGAAAGGAAGGGUAUUAACACACUAAGAGCAGUGCUGUGUGGUUACAUAGCACAACCUAGGAACUUAAGGGUAAUACACAUUGAAAAUGACUGCAAGGGAAGUAGCCUCACAAGCAUUUUCAGUUAAACUAUAAAAAACACUCCCAUUGCUGUUAGGGGUUUGCAGUAAGUUGUCUCCUAACAGAGAGUAUGAGUAGUUUAAUUCUAGCCACUAGUGCUUCUAUUCAGAUUAUAGUUGAAGGUUUUUAAGCACUGAGCUGAAACGUAAUCAGUCAUUGACUUAUGAAGUGACCAGUACAGGUGACCACUUAAAAUUGCUGUUUUUAAUAUCGCACAUUAAAAUGUUUAAAAAUGUCAA